AUGGCUAAAUAUUCCGUAUUAGAAGCCUUCGCUCCGCAUUUAAAAGCACUCGCAAGGGUAGCUUAUUUCAAAAUUUUUACCAAAGAUAAUUCGACCGCGUAUCAAAUUUUAUACAAAUUGUAUCAAUUUAUUAUAUGGUUUUUAAUUUUUCUCUAUAACCUACAGCAUUUGAUUCGUGUAGUUCAGGUUCGACACAGCACUGAGUAGUUGGUGGACACGCUGUUCAUUUUGUUGACCACCCUCAACUGUCUGGGCAAGCAGGUCGCCUUCAACACAAAGAGCCAACGUAUUAAAGAAAUCUUUGACAUCGUUGAUGGCCCCAUUUUUGCACCGACUAAGCCGUACCAUCUCGAAGUUCUGAAGAAAAAUGCAGUAUCAAUGGCACAUUUGUUGUUAAUAUACCAAUGUGGCUCUAUGUUUUGUGCUUUUCUCUGGUUUAUUUUUCCAUUCGUGAAUAGGGCAUUAGGCAAGGAAAUUGCAUUUACAGGCUAUCUACCAUUCGAUGCCAGUGAAUCGCCAGUCUUCGAGGUAACUGUUGUUUAUAUGAGUUUGACAAUUGCAAUUCAAGCUUACGGCCAUGUCGGUAUGGAUUGUACGAUAGUAGCACUCUACCGACAAGCCACGGUACAAGUACAAUUGCUCCGAUACAAUCUGGAACAUCUCAUGGAUACAGAUGACGAGAAUGUAAAAAUAGAAGCGAGGAUUAUUACCAAGACAAAUAACAAACGGCACGUUAACAAAGACAAUACGUAUGAUCCAUCAGAUAUGAUACAAAGACGAUUAGUCGACAAUGCUAAUCAUUAUAAGACAAUUGCCAGUUUCAUAAAAGAGGUAGAGUCGAUUUUCAGCGAAGCCAUGAUUGUACAAUUCUUUGCGAUGGCUUGGGUCAUAUGUAUGACUGUCUACAAAAUUGUUAGUCUGAGUAUAUUGUCAGCAGAAUUCUUGUCGAUGACUAUAUACCUGGGUUGCAUGUUGGGACAACUGUUUAUUUAUUGCUACUUCGGAACUGAACUGAGGAUUGAGAGUGAAUUUAUAUGUCAGUCGGUGUAUUGCGGAGACUGGUUGUCCCUGUCACCGAGUUUUCGUCGAAAACUGCUGGUAUUUAUGACUUACUGCUCCAAACCUCUGGCUCUUCGCACCGCCUACAUAAUACCCAUGUCAUUGAAUACUUACAUUGCGGUGCUGAAAUCUUCGUACAGUUUAUUCACCUUUUUGAAUCGAUAGUAAGAAGAUUAAUGAAUAUAUCUAUAAAAAGAAAAGUAAUUUGACAGAUAAUUAUAACA